UUUUCGUACUGGCUCGCUGCGCACGUGCAUCUCAGUGUCGACGAACGGCGCGCGCUUCUGCAGGUCGACUGCACCGUGCGCCGGCUCCACGAGCUCUUGACGUGGCUCCAGGACCACACCUCCAGCGGCAUUGCGUGCCGGACAUGCCGGACCCUUCUUGGCAAGUCCACCGACAUCUUCAACACCCAGCGGGCGGGCACGUUUGUCAAUCCGGGCGGCCACGUGCACCAGAUUCUGACCUUGUACAGCGUCGAGAGCGACCAAGUGGUGUGCGUCGGGCGACCGACGACGCGCGACACGUGGUUCCGAGGCUACUCGUGGCAGUGCAUGUACUGUGGCACGUGCGACGAGUUUGUCGGCUGGCGCUACGCGUCCAAGCGCUUGACCCCGCAUGUCUUUUAUGGGCUCGUCCGCACCGCGAUCCGGUAG